AUGUCCGACGAAGACAAACACUUCCACGAGCUGACCCACGCCGACCUCCCAGAACUGCUCAAGCACGAUGCCGGCGUCAAAGUCGGGGGUGUCGACAUCGACGGCAUCAUACGCGGCAAGCUCAUGUCGAAGAAGAAGUUCCUAUCCAUUGCCGAGCCCGGCUUCGGCUUCUGCUCUGUUAUCUUCGGCUGGGACAUGCACGACCAGACGUACUUUCGCGAGCUGAAGAUCAGCAACGCCGAGAAUGGAUAUAGAGACAUGCUCGCGGAGGUUGAUCUGAGUUCGUACCGAAGGAUACCGUGGGAGAACAAUGUGCCCUUCUUCCUGGUCAGCUUCCGCGAACCGACGGGCGAGAGCUUGAGCGCUUGUCCUAGAAGUCUGCUAGAAAGAGCUGUCGAGAAGAUGGAGGCGAAGGGAGUAGGCGCGCUGGCAGGAGCUGAAUACGAGUUCUACACCUUCAAAGCACCAGAAACAUCGACGUCGUCGUCACAGCCAAGCGAGCGAAACUCGAGCGCAACCGCGACCUUUCUCCGCGAGAACCCUGCCAACUCUCUUCCCAGUCUGGAGGAGGGCAUGUUCGGUUACAGCUUGACACGGCCGGUGCACAAUCAAGACUGGUACUACGCAAUCUUCGCCGCAAGCCAGCAGUUCCGCUGUGACAUCGAAGGCUGGCACACCGAAUCCGGUCCAGGUGUGUACGAAGCGGCAUUGGAAUACGGCGAGGUUCGCGAGAUGGCAGAUAAAGCCGCUCUCUUCAAGCUUACGGUCAAGAACAUGAGCUCGAAGUUCGGCAUCACGCCGUGUUUCAUGGCGAAGCCGCGCGCGAAUCUACCCGGCAACUCCGGCCACAUGCACAUGAGCCUCUCCGAUCUGAAGACGAAGAAGAACCUGUUUGUGCGAGAAGAAGCAGAUUCGAAUCCACCGCAUGAGGGUCUCGAGCACGUCUCGGAUCUCGGUAGGCACUUUCUGGCCGGUCUGCUGGAAGGUUUGCCAGAUGUCAUGCCCAUUGUGGCGCCGACGGUCAACAGCUACAAACGGCUCGUCGAGAACUUCUGGGCGCCGGUUACUGUCUCGUGGGGCUUGGAGCAUCGCGCUGCGUCUAUCCGGCUCAUCGCGCCACCUUCGUGUCCGCCGAAAGGAACACGCUUCGAAAUCCGCGUCCCUGGUGCGGAUACAAAUCCGCAUCUCGUUCUCGCCACCAUCCUCGCCUUAGGCUACCGAGGAAUCGAGAAGAAGCUCGAGAUCUCCGUCCCACCUCUCGGCAAGGGCCAGGAAGUCGGCGGGAAACUGGACAAAGGCGAGAGGCUGGCCAAGUCGCUGAAAGAGGCGACGGCGAGGUUCGCGGCGAAGGACAGUAUAGCGAGAGAAUGCUUGGGCGAUGAUUUUGUGGACCAUUAUGCGGGGACGAGGGAGCAUGAGGUGAGGCUUUGGGACGAGGCGGUUACGGAUUGGGAGGUGAAGAGGUAUAUCGAGACGGUGUGA